GACCCAGCGCGUAGCGGGGCUCGAGAUUGCUGGAGCCGUGCGCUAACUCGCCCUGCGCCCUCGCCGAGGACACCGCAGCGCGGCCACUCCUCGCUGUCCCCCAGAGAUGGCAAAUCCUGAGGUAGUUAUAAGUAGCUGCAGCUCUCAUGAAGAGGAAAAUCGCUGCAAUUUUAACCAGCAUACAUCUCCAUCUGAGGAGCUUCUAUUAGAAGAUCAGAUGAGGCGAAAACUCAAAUUUUUUUUUAUGAAUCCUUGUGAGAAGUUCUGGGCUCGAGGUAGAAAACCAUGGAAACUUGCCAUACAAAUUCUAAAAAUUGCAAUGGUGACUAUCCAGCUGGUCUUAUUUGGGCUAAGUAACCAGAUGGUGGUAGCUUUCAAGGAAGAGAAUACUGUGGCAUUCAAACACCUUUUCCUAAAAGGAUAUAUAGACCGAAUGGAUGACACAUAUGCUGUGUACACACAAAGUGAUGUGUAUGAUCAGAUAAUCUUCGCAGUGAACCAGUACUUGCAGCUAUACAAUGUCUCACUUGGGAAUCAUGCUUACGAGAACAAGGGUACCGACCAGUCUGCUAUGGCAAUCUGUCAGCAUUUCUACAAGCGAGGAAACAUCUACCCUGGAAAUGAUACCUUUGACAUCGAUCCAGAAAUUGAAACUGAUUGUUUCUUUGUAGAGCCAGAUGAACCUUUUCACACUGGGACACCAGCAGAAAAUAAACUGAACUUAACACUGGACUUCCACAGACUCCUAACAGUGGAGCUUCAGUUUAAACUGAAAGCCAUUAACCUGCAGACAGUUCGUCAUCAAGAGCUCCCUGACUGUUAUGACUUUACUCUGACUAUAACAUUCGACAACAAGGCCCAUAGUGGAAGAAUUAAAAUAAGUUUAGAUAAUGACAUUUCCAUCAGAGAAUGUAAAGACUGGCAUGUAUCUGGAUCAAUUCAGAAGAACACUCAUUACAUGAUGAUCUUUGAUGCCUUUGUCAUUCUGACUUGCUUGGUUUCAUUCAUCCUCUGCAUUAGAUCUGUGAUUAGAGGACUUCAGCUUCAGCAGGAGUUUGUCAGUUUUUUCCUCUUCCAUUAUAAGAAGGAUGUUUCUGUUUCUGAUCAAAUGGAAUUCGUCAACGGAUGGUACAUUAUGAUUAUUAUUAGUGACAUAUUAACAAUCAUUGGAUCAAUUCUAAAAAUGGAAAUCCAAGCUAAGAGUCUAACUAGUUAUGAUGUCUGUAGCAUACUUCUUGGGACCUCUACCAUGCUUGUGUGGCUUGGAGUCAUCCGAUACCUCGGUUUCUUUGCAAAGUACAAUCUUCUCAUUUUGACCCUUCAGGCAGCACUGCCCAAUGUCAUCAGGUUCUGCUGCUGUGCAGCUAUGAUUUACUUAGGCUACUGCUUCUGUGGGUGGAUCGUGCUGGGGCCUUACCACGACAAGUUUCGUUCUCUGAACAUGGUCUCUGAGUGCCUUUUCUCUCUGAUAAAUGGAGAUGAUAUGUUUGCCACAUUUGCAAAAAUGCAACAGAAAAGUUACUUGGUCUGGCUAUUUAGUAGAAUUUACCUCUACUCAUUCAUCAGCCUCUUUAUAUAUAUGAUUUUAAGUCUUUUCAUUGCACUGAUCACUGAUACAUAUGAAACCAUUAAGCAUUACCAACAAGAUGGCUUCCCAGAGACUGAACUUCGUACUUUUAUAUCAGAGUGCAAAGAUCUACCCAACUCCGGAAAAUUCAGAUUAGAAGAUGACCCUCCCAUAUCUUUAUUCUGCUGUUGUAAAAAGUAGCUAUCAGGUUUAUGUGUACUUUACAGCAAAAUAUAAUGUGUAGCUGAGAUUAAAGACUGUGGAUAUUCUAAGAUCAGAUAUAGUAUGUUCAAAGACUAUUAUUUUGAGCUAAUUGAGAGCUAUAAUUCAACAAUAACUUUAUAUUUUUAAAAGUAAUAUUUAAUGUCUUUGCAGUUUUAUGCUAGGUUUGUUUUUAAAAAUAAUGAGAAAAGCUAUUGGAUUAUUAUUUCUUGUUUAUUUUGCCAUGGUCUUAGAAUGUAUUCUCUGUGCCUCUCUGUUGCUUUGAUACUCUUACUUCCAUCUAUGCUGACUAUGUGGACUGUGUAAUCGGUGGAAAACAAUCCCUGGUCUGACUGUGACUUCGGACAACUCAGUAAUCCAGGCUUGGAACUCUCAGGAGCCCAUCCUUGAGAGAGUAGAGAUAGUUACCAUAUAUACAGUAAUAGUUAUAUUUUAAAAUCUUCUUUUAAAAGGAAGAAUAAGAGUUCACCAGAAUAAGAAUGCACUGGCUAACAGUGUGAUAGAGUCAUGUGUUGCUUAAUGAUAGAGAUAUGUUUUGAGAAAUGUAUCAUUAGGCGAUUUUGUCAUUAAACACCAUAGCAUAUAGUUCCACAAACCUAGAUGGUGCUUACUUACACACCUAGGCUAUAGCCUGUUGGUCCUAGGGUACAAAUCUGUACCAUACUUUACUGUAUUGAAUACAGUAGACAAUUGUAACACAAUGGUAAGUAUCUAAACAUAGAAAAGGUACAGCAAAAAUAUGGUUUUAUAAUCUUCUGAGACCACCAUUGUAUAUACAGUACAUCAUUGACUAAAACAUCAUUAAUCCGCAUAUCACUGUAUUUGGUUAUGAAAAACAACUUAUUUGAUUCUGCUUUUUGUUCUUAAGAGGAUUAGGUUUUUAAAUACUCAUUUACAAGUUUUCUAUCCUCCUUCAGUAUUAAAGUAGAAAGUAAAAAGAGUGUCUUAUACAUGCAUGAAAAUUAAAGCACAUACCAAAUGCA